AUGGGAUACAGCAAAAUUAGUUUGUUUCUAUCAACUUUGAGUUGGUUGGCCUCAAGAUUCUCCUCUUUUGUUGCGGAUGAUGGUAAUGCUGCUGACUUGUCGGGUGUGAAAUGUCGUUACCAGGCAACGUUGGGAGAAUGGAAAGAUACACCUCAAAAUGGACUGGACUUCUACAACAGGGAGUCUCCCCGGAGCCGAACACGAGAUGCUCGUCUGCUGGAAACGAUAAGAAACGGAAAUAGGGCACAGUGGGAUUGUACUACACUCUUCUUUGCAAUCCUUUACUCUAAUUCUAUUGGCCACGGACUCAGUGCAGCAGUUCGCUCCAGUGUCGAUGAUCUCAGAGAGUUUCGCAAUGAUGAGUUUGCUCACUUGCCACAUGGUCAGCUAUCAGAUUUACAAUUCAGACUUGCUGUUCGUAAAGUUGAGAACGCAUUUCGGUCACUUGGUCUCUCAGUUGGUGAAAUUCGAAACAUCUGCAAGCAGAAAACUUUCCCGACCGAAGAGCUUCAAAAUGUUUUGAAAAACGUUCAAACAUUUGAAGAACAACACCGGUUCCUUGAAGAACAACACCAUAUUCUUGCGGAGCAGUUACAUAGUGAUGUUUCCUCGUUCUGCAUUCUUCCACCUAAACCAUCGCACGUAAUCGCACCUCGCGAAGGCGAGGUUUGUGAAAUAACGAAACAGCUUGAACGACUAAGAGAAGGAAAUGAAAAUGGUUUGAGUUACUUAUAUAUUUCAGGUAACCCUGGAAGUGGCAAAUCUCAACUGGCUGGUCUAGUGGCUCAGAAAUUCUACGAAGCAACCAACAAAGACCUCAAAUCCCCCACGUUUGUUAUGACUCUGAACGCCGAGAACUCGAAAACGCUUUUGGAAUCGUACGCUUCUUUGGCAAGACAAAUCAAGUGCCCUGAAUACACAAUUAUGCGCACCCUUAACUCUACAAAGAUGCAGUUUGAAGAAAAAGUUAGCAAUCUAAAGGAUUUGAUAGCAACCAAAAUCCCCCUGUACAGUUCUUGGCUCUUGGUGGUCGACAAUGUUAGCAGUUUAUCUGACACACAUGAUUUUCUCCCUCGGUAUGGAGACGAACAAUGGACACGAGGCCUGUUGCUCAUCACAACUCAGAACACUUCAUCCAUCCCCUCUGAAAGCUCCUUUGUCUCUCACAUUUCAGUGAGCGAGGGCAUGGUGCCCACAGAUGCCUGUUGCUUUUUAGCGAAGGUUUCUGGGAUUGGACAACUGGGAGUAGAAAAUGAAGUAGCGAAGGCAUUAGAUUACCAACCUCUCGCGCUGGCUAGUGCAGCCGUGUACGUCCAAAAGAUUCGACAAAGUCAAGUUGGUAGAGACUUCGGAUGGAAGGAGUAUUUAGACAAGCUUGAAAAAGGUAUGAGAGCCAUCACUGAAAAGGAACUUACAAAAACCAACCCAAGUUACAAGAAAUCCAUGACUGUGGCAACAAGGCUGGCCAUUGAAAGAGCGUUAAACAAUGACGCUGUUUUAAAAAGCGCAUUUACACUCCUCUCUCUGUGUUCCCCACAACCUUUGCAUCUAGACAUAGUUAUGAAUUACAUUUUGAAUGACAACAAUCUGCACUUGGAUAAAGAAGAAAUCGCUCUUCAGAUCCAAGGCUACUCUCUUCUUAUGUUCGAAGAAAGAGAAAAAGGAAUUUUUGCUAGUGUGCAUCGAGUUGUGCAUGAGGUAAGCAAAUCUGUAAUCAACGAGUGUCGGGAGCAUGAUGAACACGUUCAAAGUGUUGCACUAGCUGUAAUGUCCUUUAACCAAUUCGUAGACUCUUUCCUACCACAGACGUGGAACGAGCAAAACUCUGUUUGUGACAGCGAGCAUUUCAUUUCACACUUGUGUGCGUUAGCUGUCAAAGUUGAAAACUUCUUUCUUCUCGCAGAUAAAUAUCGAGUGAUCAAGGAAGGUGUCUUCAACUAUUCCGAUCUAUUAGAAUAUUUCAGAAGGUUUGCGAUAAUUUGUCGGAAUCACUGCGAAUUUUCAGGGGCAAAAGUUUACUGUGAAACAGCUUUGAAACUGGUUGAAAAUAUCAAAGCUUCUGAAGGUGGGGAUCGUGCUGAUAUCUACAGCCUGUUUAGCAUCAUAUUAUGGAAAAUGGGUGAGCUAAAACAAGCAAAAGAGUAUUGUGAGCGUGCUUUAGACAUAAACCUGAAAGAACUUGGACCAAAACAUGUAGCCGUUGUGGCUACUUACAAUGUUUUGGGACUGGUUCAUCGUGGAUUGGGUGACUUGAAAAGUUCCAAGGAGAAUCAUGAACGUGCUCUAGACAUUCAGCUAAAAAAUCUUGGAACCCAGCACGUUGAUGUGGCAAAUACAUACCAUCAUCUAGGUAAUGUACAGCACAACUUGGGUAACCUGGAUCAGGCCAUGGAGUAUUACGAACGUGCUUUGGAAAUCCAGGUGGAGAAUCUUGGUCAUGAUCAUAUUUAUGUGGCGUUUUCAUUCAGCAACAUGGGUGUAGUGGAAAGUGAAUUGGGAAACCUUCAGCAAGCCAAGAAAUAUUUUGUACGCACCCUGGACAUAAGGUUGAAAGCACUUGGCACCGAGCAUGUUGAUGUCGCGCGUAGUUACUAUGACUUGGGCGUUGUGCAGUACGAAUUGGGAGACCUACAAGAGGCUAAGAAGUGUUAUGAACGUGCUCUAAACAUUCGUUUAAAAAAGCUUGGACCCGAGAAAGUUGCUGUCGUGCAUACUCUUUAUGAGUUGGGCGAUGUACAAUGUAAAUUGGGGGAUCUGCAACAGGCCAAGGAAUACUACGAACGAGUUCUUGGCAUUGAAUUGAAGAAGCUUGGACCCGAGCACGUUGAUCUCGUGUCUAUUUACCUUAAAUUGGGCAUGGUACAGAGUAAAUUGGGCAACCUGAAACAGACCAAAGAAUAUCACGAACGAGCAUUGGCUGUGCGCCUGAAAAAUCUUGAAUCUGACCAUGUUGAUAUGGCAAAUUCAUACCAUCAUUUGGGUAAUGUAGAAUUUGCCAUGAAUAACGUGCAACAGGCGAAAGACCUAUACGAACGUGCUUUAGAAAUCCAAUUGAAGAAUCUUGAACCUGACCAUGUUUAUGUGGCUUUUUCCUACGAAGGCUUGGGAAGUGUACAGCGUAAAUUGGGUGUACUGGUAAAGGCAAAGGAGUACUAUAAACGUGCACUAAAGAUUAGGUUGAAAAGGCUUGGCCCAGUGCACAUUGAUGUCGCAUUUACACACCAUAAUUUGGGUAUGGUGCAGCGUGAAUUGUGCCACUUGCAAAAGGCUAAGAAACAUUUGAAAUGUGCUCUAGACAUUACUUUGAAAAAGCUUGGACCCGAGCAUGUUGAUGUCGCGCGCAUUUAUGAUGACUUAGGUAAUGUACAGUAUGAUUUGGGUGAAUUGCAGGAGGCCGCAAAGCACUGCGAAUGUGCUCUAAACAUAAGGUUGACAAAGCUUGGACCCGAACAUGCUGAGGUCGCCUCUUCUUACCAUAACCUUGGUUAUGUACAGUGUCAAUUGGGUGAUUUGCAAAAGUCCAAGGAAUGUUACGAACAAGCAUUGGCCAUACGCCAGAAAACUCUUGGAUGUGACCAUAUUGACAUGGCGAAUACAUACCAUCAUUUGGGUGUUGUAGAGUGUCAAUUGGGUGAUCUGCAACAAGCCAGGAAAUGUCACCAACAAGCAUUGGAUAUACGCCUGAAAAAUCUUGGACCCGAGCAUGUCGAUAUGGCGAAUUCAUACCAUUAUUUGGGUAACGUACUGUUUGCAAUGAAUGACAUGCAACAGGCGAAGGAGCUUCACGAACGUGCUUUAGACAUCCAACUGAAGAAUCUUGAACCUGACCAUCUCUAUGUGGCGUUUUCACUCCAUAACCUGGGUGAAGUACAGCGAGAAUUGGGUAACCUGGUCGAGGCAAAGGAGAAUUAUGAACGUGCUCUAAAAAUUAGGUUGGAAAAGCUUGGAACCAGGCAUGGUGAUGUCCAGAGUACUCUACAUGAGUUGUGUAACGUACGACGUGCCUUAAGAGACUUGCAACACGGCGGGGAAAGUCAUGAAGGUACUAUUGAGAAGGAUCAUGAACAGCGGAAAUGCUGUGUCAUCUCUUAA